AUGCUGAUUCUCGUCGACGUAAAAUCGAUCGAACAUGUCCCGGAACUGAUCAAUGUUCUUCUAAAAAAUAACGUGAAAAAUUUUCAUGUAUUCGAGAACGAAUCAGAUCUUCGCAACACACUUAUUUCCAACGAAAAAUUGCAAGAGGAAUCCUCUGUAUCGGAAAGCUCCAAAAGUCGUGAAUCAUCGAGUUCGAGAAAGCGGAGUCCCGAUACGACAUACAAACCAAUUCUUGAUUGGAAAUUCAAACAUAUUAAUCCGAAAAUCAAAACCGAAUUAUCAAACUACGAGGCAAAAACGAAGCGUGGGGAAUACGAAGAUUUCGAGUUGAACGAUGAGAUUCGAGGAGAUCUGAAGCCACGAGGGAGGCCGAUUCGCAGAAGAUCCUCAACUUUUGCCCAGUAUCUCGAAUGCGCUAUUUGCAAAAAAACUAUUCGAUGUUCGAAUGCAAACAUCAAAACUCUGUCAUCUCAUUCGAUCGUCCAUUCGGAUAUCAUGCGAUUCAAGUGUCCGGUCGACGACUGCGACAUGAAGAGUCGUCAGCGUACCACAAUCAACUCUCAUAUGCUGCGUGUGCACAACAUGCCGGUUCGCGGUGUCUCGAUCCCAGAGUGCAUGGGGCAUAAGGAAUGGGAGCAGCUUUACCAACUCACUCACAAGUGUUUCCCAACAUUGGAUAAUAAAUAA